UUAGCCGUCAACACCCGUUUGGCGUUCUCGGUUGUUUUGACAGGUCAAUUAUUUACAACCGACUUAGCCAGCCAUGGGAGACCCGAUGGAUCCAAAGCAGGCUGAGAAAAUCAAAAGGGGCUACAGAGCUUGCCUUCAUUGUCGGAGCAGAAAAGCAAAGUGUGAUCUAGGAGACAUAAACGCACCUUCGGAACCGCCUUGUAGCCGCUGCAAACGGGAAUCUCGCGAGUGCGUUUUCGCCCCCUCGAGAAGAGGGGGCAACAAUCGGAAACGCCGCAAGGUUGAAGGCGACGAAGAUACGGAAGGCAAACCAUCGCACUCAUUCUUGAGGUCUGUAGACCAAGGGUCUGGAGACGAGGGCAAUCCACCCCAGACCUUUCCCUACCCGCACCCUCCGCCUCCGCCCCGUCACCCGUCCGUACACAGUCUGCUACUGCAAUCUCCACCCACUUCGAGGUACCUCCCGCCCUUCGACGAACCUUCCACAAGCAGCCAGAGCUCCCCUGGUACUAAUUACUCGAAUAAUCCGACUCCUCAUGGUCAUGGUCAUCCAGGCUUCCACUCUACAUCUGGCGUACGCAACUCAACACCCUCCCCUCAUAGGCGUAAUCUGCAUGUCAAUCCGCCUUUGCAUGCGUCAGACCCGAGUAAUAUUGUGGUCGCCGACAUGAGGAAUGAGAGCGAUGCUUUGCAGAUUCUAGCUCUCGCAAGUGGGCAGGCAGCGAAUGAGGAAGAGAGGCGAGAGACCAGUAUGCGCCAGAAUGGUCAAAGGCCAUCUAUCGCCACUGUCCCCGGAGGGUCUAGUCUCAGCAACGGGCCCGGACAACCUUCAUCCGAGAACGUUCAGGGGGAUGCCUCGGGAUUGAAAGAUUUCGCAUUGGUGAAGAUGAAAAUUGUGACGGAGCAACAAGCAUUUGCUCUGUCCGAGGCAUACUUCAAGUGUCAUCACCACUUCUUCCCCAUCAUUCCAUCUGCCAUCAUACCCAGAACAUAUGACCAAUUGUCUGUGUUUUCCAAAGCCGAAAAGUAUCUCUUAGCUGCCUUCAUCAUUAUCGCCAGUCGAGUCGACAAUACGCCAGAGAUGAGGGAUAUCCAUGACCGCUCGUGGACAGUCAUGAGAAAAUGGAUUUCCCGAAUCCAGAGUCUCGGAGAGCCCCCGACAAUCGGCCUCGUUGAAUCGCUCCUCCUCCUCGCCGAGUUUCUCCCUCGCACACCUCGAGAUAGUUUACCAACAGCCACUCCCGAAUCACGCGACGAAGAUCCCUUCGACUCUGGUGUCGUCGAAGAACCACACGGAGUAGAAAACAGGCAGGCGUGGCAAAUCAUCGGGCUUGCAGUGAGAAGCGCCUAUGAGAUGGGACUGGAUAAGCUAGGGCUACAGCUUAUUGCAGAGACGGAGAGGACUCUGGAGCUGGAGCGGGCGAAAUUGGCUUGGGUCUAUUGCUACCUGUUUGACAGACACAUAUCCAUUCGUCUAGGCAAAGGCUUUUGGACCCGUGGAGGUUCAGUCUGCUUCCAGGGUUACUCAUCCUCCGCCCAGACUGGGCCCGCCGCUGCUAUCGUCAACUUUCCCUUUCUGCGCGAAAUCAAAUCGUCCGACCCUGCCGGUAAUACUCCUCAAGAGGAUCUAGGCAGUCUGGUGCAGGCGUACUUGGAGUUGACAAUGAUGAUGAGCAAUGCGCAUGAUGUCCUACAUCCGAAUGCGGCGAGGACAAGGAGCCUUGUUGUGUACGGGGAGUAUUUCAAGUACAUUGACGAGAUGGCUCGAUCUUUGGAUGGGUUCAAGAUCUUGUGGAGGCGCAAGAAGUGGACGCUAUUUCCACUGACCGACACUGUUUGGGUCAUGUACUACUACAUCCAGCUCUACAUAUGUGCUUUUAGUUUCCAAGCACAUGUGGAACGCGCCACUAUGCGCGGCGAAGAAGAGUACAAGAUCCUCGAACAGCGCCACAAAGAACAAGGAUACACCUCCAAGCUCGCCCGUCCCGCGCUUUCUCUUUUCCCACGCGGGGCAGCUCAAAGCCCCGACGCCCGGUACAUCUUUCAGAUGUGUGAUGCAGCAAGAGAAAUGCUCCACAUUUGUGUUGACAAUAUGUACCCAGGAGGUGCGCUGCCGUAUCUGCCGAGCAGAUUCUUGCUGUGGUUCACGUACGGGGCGAUUGUACUCUUGAAAGCAAUAUAUUCGGGGGCUAUGUUAAGGGCGGAUCACAAACGUACGCUUGAUCUUAUUGAUCGUCUUUGCGCCUGCUUCGCCCACUGUUCCACGGAUGAAGAGUAUCCUGCAGUGCGAUACGGGAAGCAACUUGAAGCUCUCCGUAAAAAGCUGGCGGGUCUUUCAUCCGGAAACAACACUGUCCCACAGAGCCCCAACGGCUCCCAAAUUGUUCAGCUUCCUGCUCAAAGUAGACCAAAUGACGUUUCUGAACCGCGGACAAGUCCCUGUCCGCCCACAAGAGACCGAAAGCUGUCUUCCCACCCCGAGACCGCUGAGGAUCAGGAUCAUCAGAAUCGGUCAAAUACACAGGCGUCUUGGCCACAAAACCAGCCUCAACAAAGCACAGCCUCUUGGCAAAUGCCGAUAGCACAGCAAUACGGCCAACCCGUCACAUCUCCCUAUCCAUCGGCACCCUCACAAUACGCCCCGGUAUUUCAGACAGCCCCUUAUGUUGCCCCUCCGCACCAGCAGCCGUUCAUGGAGUUCGGUGUCGCUCAGUCUUCCGAUGGGUAUAAUCUGCAUAUGAGCGGUGUGGACCAGAUUAGUGGGCAGAACCAGGGCCUAGUGCAAGGGCAAGGGCAGAAUGUGAACGGCCUGAGCAACAAUUUGGGCUUUGCGACGCUGGAAGACUGGUUUGGGUUUGGGGCGGCAGGGACGGCUCCGCACCCAGGACAGUCACAAGGGCAAAAUGGACAGGGAGGAGCAGUGGAAGAAGGAAUGGGGAUGGCAGGGAUGGGAUUGGAUCUGCAGGAUUUCUGGAUGAAUGUUGGACCUGGAGAGGCGCAAGGAGGCUUCCCCUUCCGCUGAAACUGAUACGGCAGCAUGUGUGGAACACGCCUAGAGAUGUAACACUAGGAGAGCAAAUCCGUCGCAAAGUUUGGUAUUUCAUACUUGUGAAGCAGCCAAAUGCAUCGAU